AUGCUUUCAGAAAUCUUAAUAACAAAACUUCUUGAAUCUGAAAAUGCUGAGAAUAGCAACUUGAUUGAGAUAUUGGGAAAUAUUAAGCCUUCGAAAUCAGCCAACACUUCCAUUACAUCCAUAGUUAGAGGUUUAUUCACCAAGAACAAGAAAUUGCUAUCUUCAUUAAAUAAUGUUUCAAUCGAGUUGGCUAAUAAUAGUGGAAACUCGAUUCAAUUAUUUAAAAAUUUCGUUAAUGACUUUAUAAUAUGGCUUGAAGAAGAUGGGGUGGUGCUAUUCGAGAAAUAUUUAUCCCAGAUUUCUAAUCCAGAAAAUUCUCUUGAAUCCUCGUCACCUGAAGGCUCAAUAUGCUUCGGUAAACCGAUCAUGAAUUGCUUAAAUUAUAUUAAGUUUAUAAAUGAAUCUCUCCUCAUAUUAAGAAAUCCAUUCAUUGUCGAUAAAUUGUCUCUUUUGAAAGAAAGAUUGGCUGAACUAAUUGACAGCUACCACACAUUUUUGGAGGUGAAAUAUUUGAAUAAUAUAAGCUUUAAUGAUGUGAAAUUAUUCUGUGAAACCGACAAAGCUAACACAGUGUCUAAGUCCAAAAGCUUUGCAAAAGUAUCCAGUUUUUUUAAGAUGGACCAGAUAGUCGAAAGAUCUAAAAAUGAAAGUUUCUUCAUAGUUAAAGAUGAAAUUAAGUUGGCAAAUAUUGAGUUAAUGCUUUUGAACUUAUCAGGAAGUAGUUACAAUUCUUUAGCGCUCUUAUCAGUUCCUACCAACCAAGACUUACCUAGGUCUUUAAUGUACCCUCCAUUCAGAGUCAACGAACUUUCCAUUGUUUACAUAAAGUCAAUGAAUCAGAUUUUGUUGAAGUCUAUUAAUUUCUCAUCAAAGCAUAGCUCAAACUCAGUGACAAUCAGUUGUGAGGAUCCUAGAUUAUUGUACGUGUGGUACAAGAAAUUGGAACGUAUCUUCCCGCUGGAGGAAAGUGAUUCUCCAAUAAGUCAAUAUUUUUUGAUCAACGCGAAUAACGAGUCAAACGAUAUAAGAAUGUCAGGUCUAGGUAUUAACGUGCUAUCAGACUGUCAGCAUAAACAAGAGAUUAAUCCAAGAGGAAGCUUUGGUAUAAGACAUUCAAAAAAUAAUAUACAAGCCAAUCCUAUAUUCAACUCAAUUGGAAAUGGCAAACAUGCUUCGAACGUUGAUACCCACAACCCUGCUUCUGAAGAUUCUUUGGCAGAAGUACAAAAACCGUUCAAUCCACCGGUCAUGAAUAAGACAAGAAAAUCGUCAAGUUCAUCCAUAAAAUCAGCUGAUUCAACGGAAGCAAUUAAAUUUCAGUAUGACCGCUCGUUGAAUAUUAUAAAUGAGAACCUAUCUAAAGUAAAUUGCAACAUAGGCAGUGACAUGGAGAACGCCGACCCUACUACUCAAUAUAUCAAGCCUGUGAAACGCAAUUUCGUCAGUGCAACCGAUAGUUUGUAUGUACUCGAGAACGAAAAUAGGCCAAUAUCAUCGCAGGCUGAAAUUGGCUUCACAACACCAGAUCUUAGAGAUGUGCCUAAAGAGGAAGUUGAUACUCAUGCAAAUAAUUCCGACAUAUCUGAAAGUUAUCAAUAUCAAGCUAACCAUAAAUUUUCAUCAGUUCCAGAUUUAUCUAACACCGAACCGAAAAACAAAUUAUACCAGUUAUCAUCUGGUUCAGCUAUUGACAUAACGAAUUUUGGCAAGAAUCAUAAUCCUUCAUUCAGUGUGGAAUAUGGACUUUCAGGUAUGAGUGCGUUAGGAAUAAACCAAAAUGAAAGUUCGGAAGAUAUUGUCAAGAUGGAGACAACUUUAAAGCAGAAGAGAAAAUCCAUAUUCGGUCUCUUUAAGAAAUCAUCUAAGCUGCAGAUGCACUCAACUGAUUCCAUUGAUAAAACGAGCAACGUGGAAUCGCAGCUGGACAAUUCGAGUGCUAAAAAGGAAAUGCCAACCACGAGCGAAAGUGUAAGUAAUCACAAGGGCUUAAGAAUUGAGACCAACAUAUCAAUAGAUACGGAGGAUCCAUUGUCACUGGUAUCCGAUAAGUCAUUUUCACAGACCCCAAAGUCUGCCUUACCAUCACCAUUUGCCUUACCAUCAUCAACAUCCAUGUAUUUUUUCAAGCAAUAUAAAAAUGGAUCAAGCGCAACUAUCAACGGUCAAUCGCAAGAACAUCUACUGGAUCAAGUAAUUGAGGACGAAGAAGAUUUAGUCAUACCUCAAAAUUUGAAAGAUGUCAUCAAUGAUGAUAAGUCAAUUGACUUUUAUAUUUCACCUUGUUCUCCUGAAGCAAUGAAGAUAUCUAAAUGGAAGCAGAAGUACGGUAAGUGGGAAAUGAUAACGCUUCAUCAGAAUUUGUUCAUAAAAAUCGUUGUUAACUACGACCUGAAUAAAAGCUGGUUAAUUAUUUUUAAGGAAGUCUAUGAUCAGGAGUAUAAUGAAGUUAUUGAUAAACCAGUAUUAUUAAUGGAAAUAAAUGCGAAAGCCACGUCUAUUAGACAGUCGUCUGCAUUAGAUUUACAAAUUAAUGCUGUGAAUGCUAUCAGUUCCAAGAAGUUAUUGAUUAUGAUUAGAUGUAAAAGUGGAAACUUAUCAAAUGCAAUCAGUACUAAUCUAGAUAAUGUUUUGGGGGUUCUCAGUAAUAUUGGGAAACCCCAAAAAUUUGCAUCUUCCAAUGUUAGUUUAUCAUCAUCACUUAUGGACAUGAAGGAUAAACCUAGUAAUUCAUCAACAUUGACUAGCCUAAACUCCUCUUUAAACAACGAAUCUAAUAAGCAGUCUGCACAAUUACCAGCUGCAAAAUCGUUUUUUUCAUUAAAUUCGGCAGAUAUCACAAAUUCUAAUGUUUUGAGUAAUCCGGACAAUUCUAAAUUCCUUUUAUUAAAUCAAAUGACGAUCAGGUUACAAAAACAAUUAGAGUCAUAUAACCUGAUUAAUAAUCCAUCGUCAUGGAAAAUCUUGUCAAUGUACACCCUAAGUGUGUACAUGAUAUCUGACAAUUUUACAAACAAAAACUACUAUAAUUUGGUUCUUUCUGGUCCACUGGAGGAUGCUCUCGAUUACAAUUGGUUAAUUUGUGAGGAGGACAAGUUCAAUCGUAUUGAGAGAAUAGGGAAAGCCGGCUUAUUAAUUAGAGCAACAGAAGAUGACAUAUAUAUGAUAGAAUGCAGAGGCAAGAAGGAAUUCAAUGCCUUGUUCGAAAUAUUUUAA